UGUGCGCGUAACUUAGCUUCAUUCCACCACGGAGAAGCCAGUGGAAGGUUACGGUUACAGCUCGAGUGGAUACUUUAAUUUGCAACCACGUAAAAACUGACAGAAAGGAACAUUUAUUUACACAAUACACUUGUUUUAUUGACUGAAAGGACAUAAAGUUAGCAACAUAUUACGGACUGGAAUCUAGGAAGAAUUUUGUGAUCUUCAAAGAAACUAGCUAGUGUGCUAACAAAGAAAAUACUUUCCCUUGACAAAUAACCCUCUCUAUUCUCUUUAGUUAUGAGUCAUGUGGUCGUCGAUAAUCAACACGGUCUAGAUCAGCAGCUUGCUGGCCUAGACUUGAACUCUGACGGACAGGGAGGAGGCACAGGCAGGCGUUACAUUCCACCUCACUUGAGGAACAAAGAAGUUUCCAAAAACGAAAAUGCUUAUUCCUCUGGUAGACAGUACGGUUAUUCAGUGCCACCUCCAGUGAACUUCUACUCUCCAGGAGGAUGGGACAGCGGACGCAGCAACGGCUUUGCCAAUGGUUACCAUGACAACCGCAAUACGGGCUUCGGGGGACGCGGCGGGCCUCCCCGAAAUGACAGAGGUGGGCGUGGCAGCUACCGCGGUAACGGCAUGGGUGGUGCCUCGUUUAAUCAGCCAAUGCACAUCGCAGGGUUUAGUGCUGGACAGGAUGGUGGAGGCUGGGGAGGUACUCCCAGACAAGACGCGGCCUAUAACAGCUUUGGCGGGAGGGGAAAGUCUUCUUUCUACAACGACCGUGGAUCAUCAGGGGGCAGAGGUUAUCAGCGUGGAGGUUAUGGCGGUGGAGGCAACAACCGCUGGCAGGAAGACUCCAGGGACGAUGAGGACUGGUCCAAACCCAGCCCCGCCAAUGAACGCUUGGAAGCGGAGCUGUUCUCAAGCGGCAACACAGGUAUUAACUUUGAGAAAUACGACGACAUUCCGGUGGAGGCCACUGGAUCCAACUGCCCGCCACACAUUGAUAGUUUCCAUGAUGUGGACAUGGGUGAGAUCAUCAUGAGCAACAUUGCCCUGACCCACUACACGCGGCCCACCCCUGUCCAGAAAUACGCUAUCCCGGUCAUCAAGUCCAAGAGAGACCUCAUGGCUUGUGCUCAGACUGGCUCGGGUAAGACUGCAGCCUUCCUGGUGCCAGUGCUGAGCCAGAUCUACACACAGGGGCCUGGAGACGCUGCAGCGGCUGGCAAGAAUGGACAGGACAGUGGUAAAUAUGGGCGCCGUAAGCAGUAUCCUCUCUCCCUGGUCCUGGCUCCUACCAGAGAACUGGCCCUGCAGAUCUACGAAGAGUCCAGAAAGUUUGCGUACCGCUCCCGUGUGCGUCCCUGUGUGGUGUACGGUGGGGCUGACAUCGGCCAGCAGAUCAGAGACCUGGAGCGAGGCUGCCACCUUCUGGUGGCCACACCCGGGCGCCUGGUGGAUAUGAUGGAAAGAGGCAAGAUUGGCCUCGACUACUGCAACUACCUGGUGCUGGACGAGGCUGACAGGAUGUUGGACAUGGGUUUUGAGCCCCAGAUCAGACGCAUCGUGGAGCAGGACACCAUGCCCCCUAAAGGCAUCCGUCAGACCAUGAUGUUCAGUGCUACCUUCCCCAAGGAGAUCCAGAUGCUGGCGCGUGAUUUCCUAGAGGACUAUAUCUUCCUGGCCGUGGGCCGCGUGGGCUCCACCUCAGAAAACAUCACCCAGAAAGUAGUGUGGGUGGAGGAUGGUGACAAGAGAUCCUUCCUCCUGGACCUGCUCAACGCUACAGUCAUUCCCAGUGAUGCUCCUGAUGUUCAGGAGGCUGCAGUGACACCCGGUAAGGAGUCUCUGACAUUGGUGUUUGUGGAGACCAAAAAGGGAGCAGACGCCCUGGAGGACUUCCUGUAUCGUGAGGGCUACGCCUGCACCAGUAUCCACGGUGAUCGCUCCCAGAGAGACCGAGAAGAGGCGCUGAACCAGUUCCGCUCUGGCCGCUGCCCCAUCCUGGUGGCCACCGCGGUGGCUGCGCGGGGUCUGGACAUCUCUAACGUCAAGCACGUCAUCAACUUUGACCUGCCCAGCGACAUAGAGGAGUAUGUCCACCGUAUCGGUCGUACAGGCCGUGUGGGGAACCUGGGUCUGGCCACGUCGUUCUUCAACGACAAGAACAGCAACAUCACUAAAGACCUGCUGGACAUCCUGGUGGAGGCCAAGCAGGAGGUGCCGUCCUGGCUGGAGAGCCUGGGUUAUGAGAACCAGCACAAGGGCAACACAGGACGUGGACGCUCCAAGAGGUUCUCCUCUGGUGGAUUUGGUGCCAGGGACUACCGUCAGACACCCGGUGGUGGCGGCUUUGGCGGUGGUGGUGGGCGCGGAGGCCCACGCACCGGGGGUUACGGAGGGGGCGGAAGCCGUGGCGGCUUUGGUGGAGGUGGCUUUGGAGGCGGGAACUCCUAUGGUGGCAACGAUGCAGGCUACGGUGGCAACUACAGCCACUCCGGUAGUGGAACAGACUGGUGGGGCAACUAGUCAUAGAAACCCGGUUGCCACGCCAACCAAACCGAUCCCCUCACGGAAACCACAUGUUGACUACGCCAGACUAAAAUACCCCCGCUCACUCAACCCUGUGUAGUUUUCACUGACACACAGUACAUUACACACAUUGCGAUUCUCUGCCCCUUCGCUUCUCUCACACGGAGAACGACGCAACGCGAAGAUAUAACCAGUGUGAUGCCAAUCCACUGGAGAAGAGCAGAGAUUUGCACACUUAAGAUUAAGAGUGCGCAUGUAAGGAUGCUGACAUGUAUUGUCUGAUAUAGCAACUCCAGACUUUCAUUGUUCAAAACAGCACAUCCUUUUUUUCUUUGUAUAAACAAAAAUAAGAACCUAAAAGAAUAACCUGAGGAUCAUUUGUAUGUUAAUGUACUGUGCCUUUUGAAUUUAGACAGGACUAAUUCUGUUGUCAUUUCACCAAAUGAAUGUGGCCAAGAGCUCUAAAUUGUAUUUUAUUUUGGGGGUGAAAAAAGAAACAGAAAAAAAAAGCUUGUACUUAAUCAAACCUUGGCAAACACUGGGGGCAUUGUGACUCGCUCGAGUCAUGAAUCCAUUUGAACCUUUCAAAAUUGUCGCAGGGUCAUCAUGUAGCCUUUUAUCGAGUUCAAACAGCUAACUUCACUGUAGCGUCCGACCUCACUGGGCCGUACUCCUAGUUUGGCCAAUAACUGUAUUCUAAUCUUUAAAGGACGAAGAGUUCGAUUACUUUUUAAUUUUUUCGCUCACUCUAUCCUGGAUAGGCUCCUCUAAGGAUACGGUAGUCUUUCCAAUAGCCAUUCCAGUUGUGAUCUCUUAACACGAAAAGUCGUUAAAAUCAAUGCUAACAAACACACACUAGGGUUUAAUUCAAACAAACACUCAAUGAAUUGACUUGACAGUGUUAUGGCAGCUAGUAAGUUACCUGCCACUAGCUACAUUAACUGGGCAGUGUUUUUUGGUUUGUUUACAUUUUGAAGAGUGGACGCAUGCGCGUGGUAUUGUAAAACUGGCAGUUUUGAGUGAAAUGUUUCUUCUAUAAACAUGUAUCAACAAAAAAAAUGCCCGCCAUCUUGGAAGUGAAGUUCAAAAUGGCUGCACAAGGACCACAGCGUCGGGGGGGGCAGGGGGGGACGAUAGCGUCGGGGAGGCACGGUGUGGUGCAGCGUUAACAUUAAACAGUCUUACCGUUGACCGCCGAGCCGGUAUUCUACGCAUGCUAGUGUUUUGUUUUUUGGUCAAGGAGAUAUAAGACAAAUGAACCGAGUCGCAGGCUUAACUUAAUUACAAACGUUUUCUCUUUUCAAGCUGUGUUGGAGGGGCAUGGUUCAUCUAUCCGAGACAAGCAGUAGGAGGUCCAUCACUAAGGGUUAACCAGUCAGAAAGCAAAGGGACUGGACAGCAGGACAGUUGUCGCCGGGGUUAUGGGGUGAAGGUCAAGGGUUAUCAGUGCACCGCCAUUGCUUUGGUUUCCAUUGCUCCUUGCUGUGAAGGUGGCCAAAGACUGGGGACUGUUGUCCCCUUCCUUAUGGUACAUGUGUACUGUCAACUCUGGGAGGUAGUCAGCUUUAGAUGUGUAUGAAGCUCUGGUUCUGACUGGCCAGACAAGGCUUUUCCCCUCAAAGAGCAGCAGCCAACGAGAGGAUGAGAGAUGGGGCAUUGGAGUAUCUCUAAGUGCACUACGUUUCUUAAGUGUAUUGUGCCUUUUGAACUUUUUAAAUGUAUUCACUUUAAAAGCGGAUGCACUGACAGUGAGAACUUGGAUUGAAAGGUGCUACUUGAGUUGUGUGUAGGCCCUUGUUUGUUGUCGUGCCCAUCAAGUUUUACAAAAGUUAUUUUAUUGCACAUCUAGAGUUUUAUAUAAAUGUCUUGAAUACAUGUCCUUAAGCUUCCAAAUAUUGUGUGUGAGGAGAUUGUGGGAAAAAAACGCAGCUUGUUUACAAAGGGGAAGGGUUCUCAACAUUUAAACAGGAUUUAUUUGGGACCAGGGGAUUUAGCAGUUGGGAAUUUAGCCAUUUGCACACAGAUUUCUAGAUUCUACUUUUGCUGCUAGUUUUGUGUAAUUUAUUAAGCAUUUCUGAGAGAUAUUUAUUUUUGUAAGCCUCAAAGUGAUUCUUUGAAAGUUACAAGAAACUUGACCAAAAGACGGUAACAAAAACACUGGCACUUGAAUGUUGAAUGUCACCUGUAUGCGUGAAAAAAAAUUAUAUAUUUCGGGGUAGUGUGAGCUUUUUAAUGUUUAAGACAUAUUGGACUCGGGUCAAAAAUAAUAAUAUCCACAGACGUCAGGGCCUGAGGCCUUGAAACAUCUCUAAAUAUUAUAUAGUCAAAUUGGCCUUCAAAAAGAGAAAUGGAAUUAAUCAAACAUGCCAAGGUUUGGAAUUAAAGUUGUUAAAAGAGCAAAAUCUAAUUUUCCUAAAUCUAUCGGUGCAGAACUGUUCGGGAUUCUCAAAUUGUAUGCAUUGUUUAUAAUAACUUUAUUCUAAUUUGACCUGACUUAUAUUUAUAAAAAAAUCCAGUGUAUGUCUGGCACAUGACAAUCUUAAAAAACAAUGUGGUUUAUUCUCUAUUGUUGCAUUUGCAUAUGGCACCUCUGGGGAUUGUUUCCUCCGAGUAUUGAGCAGGUCUCAGCUGCAGUAGUGUUACCCACAGUAGCAGCACAUUAACUGCUAGCCUUACCACAGGAAGAAUAGGCUACAAGCACCACUUGCUCAGUGCCCUGAGGAAGAACAACCCAGAGCUCCUUAGACUUAGACUUUGCUUUCUGUACUAGCUUAGAGGCUAAUGCACAGCAUGGGAAAAGACUCAGCUGUGUAAUUAUUGUAUGAUUUUACCUAAAUAAAGUUUGAAUGCAAAAGUACCAUAUUAGAAAAAUCAA